GACAACGCCGUCCUCGAAACGUCGGAGGUACAAUGGCCACAGUACGAGCAACAAACGCAGGAACAGACGUCUCCGAUGUACCAACCGACGUUCAACCAAGCGCCGAGUGCGGUCCCCGUCCCUGUGAUACACACCGUGCAGUCCGUGCACACGAGUCACACGACCCCUCACAAUUUUCAGUUUAUUCAAAAUUGCCAAUAUAUGGCAAUGAAUACUUCUGCCCAGUACCAGCAAAUUCCAGUUAAUCACCUAAUAUCCAACACAAAUAAACCAAUGUUCAACAAUGUAUCAUCAAAACACCACAGAGCACAUAUUACGCUGAUUCGCAACACUAAUGGAUCUUCCAAAGCGAUCAUCAAGCGCAAGCGUAAAAGAACAGCUUUCACCACCGAGCAGAUCUUAGCCCUGGAAAAGGUCUUUUGUAAAAAACCGUACGUGAAUCGCGACGAGCGUCAGGCUCUCGUGGAGCAACUGCAAGUCACCGACAGAGCCGUCAAAGUGUGGUUCCAGAACCGGAGGAUUAAGAGCAAGAGAGAAGAGCUUGAAGCUCUGGAGGCUUCUUCUGGCUAUUCACCGAUGAGUGCAACAGAUUCGUCGGACUCCUUUGGACUGGCUUACGUAGAAGCUCAGAUAUCGCAAAAAACCGACGAAUUCGGUUUCGUCACGCUCGACGAUCGCGCCAUAGGAGAAUUGGUCAACGUCAUCGAUGGGCUAGUUGGUGAAAAAGUUGACUGCGACGUGUUGAGCGAGGAAGACGUAGUAGAAAAUGUGUUGAAAAUGGAAUAUGAGCCCGUAUCCCCUGCCGCCAACUCGGAUUGUUCUGAUGAAGAUGCCGCCAAGUGGAGGCGAACGGAUCCCGAACAAUCCCUCAGGCAACUUUUAGAUAUUCAACACUUUUGUUAAUGUUCUCCAAUGGUUUCAAAGUUUCUUUGUAAUUCUCCUAUUUAGAUAAGUUAUAUAAAUAUAAAUAUAUUUUAUUCCAGUGUUGACAUAAUGUAUUCUUAGAAUUUUAAUUAAAUUAUUGUAGUUUUACCUAAGGU